AUGCCGGACGGGUCCCCGCGCUUGAGGCCGCGAGACAAGUGCACAUUUGACACGCUUGCGCGCGAGAAGAAAUUCAAGAGUCCGCCGGAGAAAGAGUCCGUAAUACCUAUCCUCAAUGAGUUCGUGACCCCGCACAUAGAAUCCUUCAAUGCGCUCUUCGACGACUCUGGUCUGCCCUCGGGAGAUGGAGACGGACGCGGGCUCUUGCAUCUGGGCCUAGAAGACAUUGGGAAGCGCGUCGUAUUUGACGGGCGAGGAGACAUUGGUACGGAGAGUGGUCAGCGGGGAUGGGGAAACCGACUGUCAAUGUGGUACGAGCAGGUCACCGUCUCCAAACCUAUGGUCUCGGAGCGCGACACACAGGCUAAGGAAAGGAGAGUAUAUCCGUCCGAGGCCCGCGAACGCUUGACCUCGUACCGUGGACGUAUGAUGGUGAAAAUAUGUUGGCAAGUCAACGAUGGACCUGUGGAGGUUGAAAUGAGGGAUUGCGGUCUGCUCCCUAUCAUGGUUCGGUCAACGCGGUGUAACCUUCGCGGCAUGUCCUCGGGCGAACUCGUUAGACAUCACGAAGAGCCAGAAGAAUUCGGUGGUUACUUUGUCAUCAACGGAAACGAACGUCUCAUCCGGUAUCUCAUUCUCCCCCGACGACAUCAUGUCAUUUCUCUGGUCCGGCCAUCCUUCGUCAACCGCGGACCCUCGUACACACCAUAUGCGGUGCAAAUACGCUGUGUGCGCCCCGACCAGACAAGCGCGACGAACACACUCCACUACUUGUCGAACGGUAGCGCGAUGCUCCGUUUCAGCUGGCGGAAACAGGAAUAUGUUAUUCCCAUCAUGCUCAUCCUGAAGGCUCUCGUAUCCGCUUCCGACAAAGAGGUCUUCGAGGGUGUCAUGAUGCAGGACUACGGAGACACAUUCUUGUCUGAUCGCGUCGAGUUGCUCUUGCGAAGCUUCAAGAUGUAUCAUCUCUACACCGGCGACCAAUGUCUGCAAUACCUUGGCGACAAAUUCCGGAUAGUGGUCAACAUGCCGGAGGACUGGACUAACCAGGCGAUUGGUGUAUGGCUGAUCAACAAGGUCGUCCUCGUCCAUCUACAGAACGCCCGGGACAAGUUCCGCAUGCUCCUAUUCAUGUUGCGGAAACUCUACGCUCUGGUAUCGAAGUCGUGCAGCGUUGACAACCCUGAUUCGCCCCAGCAUCAAGAAGUUCUGCUCCCUGGUGCCCUGUACGGCAUGAUCAUCAAGGAGCGUUUGGAAGAAGCAUUGAACGGUUUCCGCGAAGGAAUCGCCCUAGAUGUCCGGAACAGCAAUCCUGCGGUAGAUUUUUACGACAAGCGUUACAUCAAGAAGGUGCUACAGCGGACAAGCUAUGACAUUGGUGCCAAGAUGUCAAACUUCCUCGCGACUGGAAACCUGGUCACACCUACUGGACUCGAUCUCCAGCAGGCGUCCGGUUUCACCAUCGUCGCUGAGAAGUUAAACUGGAUGCGAUACAUCAGUCAUUUCCGGUCAAUUCAUCGAGGUGCAUUCUUCGCUGAACUGAAGACCACCACCGUUCGUAAAUUGCUUCCCGAAGCCUGGGGUUUCCUCUGCCCCGCACACACUCCUGAUGGAUCGCCCUGUGGACUGCUCAACCAUCUAUCCCGAACCUGCCGCAUUGUCACCACACCUCUCGCCGUAUCUCACAUCCCCGCCCUCCUCGCCGCCCAUGGCAUGACACAAGCGUUCGCGCCGUCGGUUGAUGGCCGACGUAACCUCUGCGUACAACUCGACGGCCGACUGAUCGGUUGGGCUCCUGCUGCAGUAUGCCAACAGCUCGCCACGAGCCUACGGAUAUGGAAGACCGAGGGCAAGCACAGUGUCCCGCUCGACCUCGAGAUCGGAUACGUCCCGGUCUCCAAGGCUGGGCAGUACCCUGGUUUGUAUCUCUUUGCAUCGCGUUCGCGCAUGAUGCGGCCAGUCAAGUACGUGCCAAAUGGGAAAGACGACCAGGUUGGGUCCUUUGAGCAGGUCUACAUGGAUAUUGCCUGUACACCCGCGGAGAUUGAGGAUGGUGUCUCAAGCCAUGUAGAGCACUCGCCCACGAACUUCCUAUCCAUCUUGGCCAACCUCACCCCUUUCUCGGACUUCAACCAGAGUCCUCGUAAUAUUUACCAGUGUCAGAUGGGUAAACAAACUAUGGGAACACCGGCGACCGCUUUGCAACAUCGAACAGACAACAAGUUGUACCGCCUACAAACCGGUCAGACGCCUAUCGUGCGGCCUAUGCUGCACAACACAUACGGCAUGGACUCCUUCCCUAACGGUACGAACGCGAUUGUCGCCGUCAUCUCUUACACCGGUUACGACAUGGAGGAUGCCAUGAUCUUGAACAAGUCCGCGCACGAACGAGGGUUCGGGUACGGUACCGUGUACAAGUCGUAUACUGUCGACCUGCAAGAGCUCACCGGCUCCCGCCGCAUCGCGACCACGCCCACCCUACACUUCGGCUUCGGGCCUGAAAUCCGCACGGAUGGCGAGAAGGCGCACCCGGCAACUCUACACAUAGAUUCCGAUGGUUUGCCAUGUGUGGGUGCGAGGCUCAACCCGGGCGACCCCAUCGCUGCGUAUGUCGACGACACGACGGGUCGUACGAAGUUCGCGAAGUACAAGGGCGACGAAGUCGCGUAUGUUGAUACUGUGCGCCUAAUCGGCAGUGACGCGGGCGACCAGGAGCUGCAGAAGAUCAACAUGACACUGCGCAUCACCCGCGCGCCGGUGAUUGGAGACAAGUUCUCGUCCCGACACGGACAGAAAGGUGUCUGCUCGCAGAAGUGGCCCGCGAUCGACAUGCCAUUCUCGGAGAGUGGCAUGCAGCCCGACGUGAUCAUCAACCCGCACGCCUUCCCGUCUCGUAUGACGAUCGGCAUGUUGGUCGAGAGCAUGGCUGGUAAGGCCGGUGCAAUGCACGGCCUCGCCCAAGAUGCGACACCGUUCCAGUUCACGGAAGAGGACACCGCCAUCGAGUACUUCGGUGAACAGCUCCAGGCCGCUGGCUACAACUACUACGGCAACGAACCCAUGUACUCCGGGAUCACCGGGCAAGAGUUCGCAGCGGACAUCUACAUCGGCGUCGUCUACUACCAACGUCUGCGGCACAUGGUGCUUGACAAGUUCCAGGUGCGGACGACGGGCCCCGUCGACCCUGUGACGCGCCAGCCCGUAAAGGGCCGCAAACGCGCAGGUGGUAUCCGUUUCGGCGAGAUGGAGCGCGACGCGCUCAUCGCGCACGGCACCGCGUUCCUCCUCCAGGAUCGCCUCAUGAACUGUUCGGACUACUCGACCGCGUGGGUCUGCAGGACGUGCGGUAGUCUCAUCUCGCUCGGGUACGACGACGUUUCGCUCGGCGAGAUGGUCAUCGGCGCGAACGGCUCGCUCAAGCCCACCGGCCCUGGCGGCGAGUACUGCAGGGCCUGCCGCGCCGCCGCGGAGGAAGAGGAUACGCGGGCGCGGCAGGCGCUCGCCAACGGUGGGCCCGCACGCACCGCCGCGAACGGACGUUCAGCAGACGUGCGCGUCGCGAUCGGCUCGCAGUUCGUGCUCGGGUCCGCGUCGAAGGGCGGUGACAUGGACAUCAUCGCGGUGCCGUACGUCUUCCGCUACCUCUGUGCCGAGCUGGCGUCGAUGGGCAUCAAGAUCUCGCUGGAGGUGCAAUAGUUCUCGUCCACUGGGGGUAUAGAUCUCGAUGUCGCUCGUGUUGUUCGCUGCUUUCGCUCUCCGCAUUAACCGCUGUAUCAUACUCGCAUCGCAUCGCCAGGCGCGCAAAAAGUACAUGUCGAGUCGCAAUACAUCUCCUAAU